GGAAUUUCUGUGGUGUUCUUUUAUGAAAAGUUGGAAAAUAUCGAAUGGAAAAAACGGAAUCCACUUAUUUGACAAUUUAGUGUACCAUUAACGCCAGAAAAAAAAAGCAAAUAUACAUUCCAUGAUGAAGGUUCUCCUCGUCCUGUCGGCCCUCGCCGUUACGGCCUUUGGAAGGAUGGCUGGGGUUUUGCCUGGAGGAUUUCGGAUUAAUGACGGUUUUUCCUGCGACGGUCGUCCAUAUGGCUUCUAUUCUGAUGUUGACAAUGAGUGUAAAGCUUAUCACGUCUGCGAACCUGUGGUGGAUGAGGAUGGACAGCUUGUGGAAAUGGCCCACUACACGUUCCUCUGUGGCGAAAAGACUAUCUUCGAUCAGGAACAGCUGUCAUGCGCUACACCAGGAGAAGCCUACCCUUGUGCCAACGCCGCUGCCAUUUAUGAAGAAACAAACCACAGACUGCUCAUCGAAGCCGAGCACCUCACCUCACCGUAACCAUCUGCUGUUUUUGGACGACCAGUAAUUUCGACGACGCUCUCUUUCGCUACUGAUAUUUAUUUAUGAAAAUGUAAGUCUGUGAAAUAUGGAUGAUGAAUUCAUUAUUAUAAAUGUGUGCUACUUGCAGAAUCCAUGCAUCAUUUAAACUGUCCAUGUUUCACAGUGGGUAACGUGUGAUGUUUUCCGAAAUAUGAGUAUUACAUUAGAUAUGA